AUGCCCUUCUUCGCCAAGGUCUUCAAGCCGCGCGACGGUGGGAAGAAGGGGAAGCUGGACGAUUCCCACAACCUGCCGCUCCCGCCGCCCAAGCCGCGCUGGGAGGAGUCGUGGACCCGCAAGGAGGUCGCGCCCGACGAGGUCGAGGAGCUCAUCCACGUCUGCACCCAGGAACUGAAGUCGCGAGCGCUCGACACUCCAUUCCUGCUCCUUCCAUUCCGACCGGGCUCCGAUGCCACCUCCGCGCGGAGCUUUAUCCGAAGCUUCUUCAGGGAUGCCUACGAGGGUGGACAGCAAUACCAGGGGGGAGCUCUGCGGGCAGAGCUGCGCUUGACGGAGCCAAUGGUCCUCUGCAGCAUCAUGAAGUGGUGCUGGAGCAGGCUCCCUGGCGGUGUCGUCACUUGGGACGCGUACGAGCUAUUCCGCGUGGGAGAGCAGGACUCUGGCAUGGCCAAGCAUGCGUUCGAUACAUUCAUCCCGAUUAGCGUUGACUCGGAAGCACGUAAGCAGAUCAUUACCGACUUCUUCGACCUUUUGGCCGCCAUCUCUGCGCGUGGCAAAAACAACGGUCUCGGAGGAAGGAAACUGUCAAGGAUGGCUGGCUGGUGGGCCUUUGAGCACCCGGAUCACGGAAAGGGCUUCGACGACGGAUACAAGACGUGGAAGAGCGCCGCCGAUGCUACGAGCCAUCUCUUCUUCGCCUACCUGCGUUCGCUAGCUCCGGAGGACAGGAACCUUAGUGGCAUUAACACGCUCCCGCGCUCGCUCCAAGCCCUGGUCAAUCAGACCGAAUACCCUCCCGAGCCGCCAACUUUAAUGCAGACCACUACAACGAAAGUGGUUAUGAUUGUCGAUUCCGUGUCUCCAACUCCGUUUGCCCUCUUGCGCAGAGCAAAGAACUUCGAAUACCGUGACGACGACAGGCUUCUUCAGAGAUUCUCGCAAUACGAGGAUCCCGUCCAGGCUUUGACGGACGAGUGUCGCCGUGUUCUGCUUGCGAUUUCGUCGGCUAACCAGUCAAGUACUGCUGCUAUCGAAGGCUCUUCAGAUCCCUCCUGGUCGAGGUUUGAAGAUUUGGGGUUCGGUUUCUUGGACACUUCGCUAUCGUCGCCUACCAGCACCAGCAGUGGUCCUACGUCUUCGAGCCCUGGCAAUGGACUCCGGUCCACGCCACACGCUCGGACCAAUACCGGGGGACGGCCGACCACUCCCUCGUGGGCGGACUUCUUGUCAACCGGUUUCCAGGAGGGACAGUCGCAGACUUCUUCUCCCAUGUUGCUCCCUCCGGACAAGAUUCUUCCUCCGAUUGGCGAGGUCGCACGUGUCCAGAGUUCGCAGUCGCACUUGAGAACAUCCGAGGAUGACCUGGAACCCGGAGAACUCGCUAGCAUCCAAACUUUCGACCUUGACGACACUUUCUGGUGGGUCUGGAUGACGAGUCUGGCAAUCGAAGAGCCCAACGAGCGAAAGGCGGUCUUUGGUCGCUGCGCGCUGCUUGAGACGAGCAUUUCGAGUGGGAGGUGGCUUGUGCUGGAGGAACAGGUCAAGGGCGCUUCGGAACCUGUGGAAGGCGCCUACAUCGCGGAGAAGAAGAGUAAAUUCAGCUUCACCAGACGUGGUCGCCUCGGCCGCAGGAAAUCCACGGGCAAGAAAUUGCCCGUGAAGGAGCCCUAUGACCGGACUCAAACCGAUACGCCGACGAGCAAGUCCAGCAUUGGUCCAGAUCAGCACGCUCGCAUCCAAGCUGCCGCAGCGCGCUUGGCUCAGCAGCAGAAGGAGCAGGAAUCGCACGAUGCCUCUCAGCGUCGCGGCAGAAGUGAAGAGUCGGCCGCCAAGACUAACAGCGUGAUGACUUUGCAGCCCAUGGUGGUGAGCGAGGCCGGUCCGGCGAUGAAGUGGGCGCGUGCGUUCGAUAAGGAGACCAUUCGUGCUCAAUACCUGGGUGACCCGGGUGCUGGCACGGGUCUUUCGCGUGAGAAUCUUGCUCUCUCGCCCAGCCCGACCUUUUCGAAUGGUGGACCCACUUCUCCCGGCGCACCGUCGACAAAGAGUGAACUUCCGCCUCUGCCGAAAGAGCCAGGAACCCCCAAGAGCGUCCAGCGCAAGGCUUUGGCACCAUCCCCUCUUCCUCCGACCCCCAAGGAGGAGAAGACGUCCAAUGAAGCGGCAGCUGCAGCUGCCCAGGUGCCUCUCCCUCCGCCUAAGCCGGACGCUAAGAAGGAUGCUUCUCACAACAACGUGCACCCCGCUCUCCGUGAGGAGCAGAAGAAGAAGACCGGCCCGCCUUCUGGUGUUGCCGAGAGGCGCAGGAUGUUUGAAGAGAAGCAAGUUUCUGCUAUUGUUGGCCCUGAGAUCAAGAAGGAUGAGCACAAGAAACUCAAGAAGCCUGCCCAGACGAGCGGCGGUGGCGGUGGUGGCUUCAAGAAGCUGUUCGGCAAGAAGAAAGCUGCCGCUGAACCAGUUCAGCCGCAGAACACCGAGCCCGCUCCUGGUGCCAGCAGUGGUCUUCAGGUCCCGCAACAGCAAGGCAACGGUCUUGUUCGCACUCUUUCUGGAAUGGGCCGCAAGAAGCCGACGUCCGCUGCGCCUGCUCCGGAAGCCUCGGCUGAGAAGACUGAGCCUGCGGCGCCCAUGCGCAACGAAGCUGUCAUGUAUACUGAGGACCGCCCGCCGCUCUCCCGUGUCCACACCGACGAGCGCGAGGAGGCUGAAGCGCAAUUCUCCCGCUUCGAUCAAGGCCCCCUGGGUGACCAGCCCGCUUUUGCCCCUGACGACGACUCGGAUGACGAGGCUCUCACUCCCCAUGCGACUCGCUUCGAGGAAGCGCGUGAGGAACCCGAGACGCCCGGUGGCGAUGAUGUUUCCCAGGCGGAUGUCUCGUCCAUCUCGUCGGCUUCGAUCGACCUGGCGCAGCAAGUCUCGCCCGCUCAGGAUCGCUGGGCACAGAUCCGCAGGAACGCCGCUGACCGUGCCGCGCGCAUGAGCGACGACCAGCCGUACUCGCGCCCGCGCAUCAGCGAGAGUCAGACUUCCCGCACUACCGUCGACGAUGGUGACACCAGCGGCGAGGAGACGAUUGAGUCUCGUGUUGCGCGCAUCAAGGCCCGUGUCGCGGAGCUGACUGGCAACAUGGAUCAGUCCGGCAACAUCGUUACUGGCGCCCGCCGUUAA